AUGUUGUCAAUUCUGGCCUUGCUGGUUUUCCCCGCAAUUGCUUCUGCCGCAAGCGGAACAUUCGUUCCGUUGCCCGACGAUGUGACACAGCUUCAGUCACGUAAUUAUCCCGACUCAUCCAUCUCAUAUAAAGAGACAAGCAUCUGCGAAACAACUCCAGGAGUGAAGGCGUACAGCGGGUUCGUCACUGUCCCGAGCAUUGACAAGACGUACAACGCGAGCAUCUUUUUUUGGUACUUCCAAUCCAGGAAUAACACUGCCCAUGCCCCGACUACCAUCUUCAUCCCGGGAGGCCCAGGUGAAAGCUUCUUGGACGGCGCAAGCGGCUUUCCAUGCACUAUAAACGCCGACUCUAACAGCACCCUCCUCAAUCCGUGGUCCUGGAACAAUGAUGUUAAUAUCCUAUACCUCGACGUCCCAGUUCAAACAGGGUUCUCGUACACAAACCUCCAGAAUGGCACAUUUGAUUUGGUAUCUAACGACUUUACACCUGCCUCGAAAGGUGCCGAUCACGUUCAAACGAACUUGACAUCCGUUGCAGCCACCUUUUCUAGCACGAGCCCGCAUCACACUGCGAAUACCACAGGACUGGUUGCUCGACAGAUUUGGCAAAUUUCUCAAGUCUGGUUCCAAGAGUUUCCAGAGUACAGCACAACAAACGACGAAAUCAACUUCUGGUCUUACUCGUACUCGGGAUUCUUCGCGCCCGCUACCAUGGCAUAUUUUCAGAAGCAGAAUGAGAAAAUCGAAAACGGUACAAUCAAUGACGCGCAUGCAAAGAAGUUCCACUUGGGCACACUUGGCAUCACAAACGGUUGCAUUGACUCCAAGAUCCAGAUCAUGGCAUAUCCGGAGUAUGCGUACAACAACACCUACGGUGUUCAAGCCAUUUCGAAAGAGGCAUAUGAAAUGGCCAUGAACAACAUCACCAUGGAAGGCGGGUGCUAUGAUUUAAUUGAUCAAUGUCGAGCCCUACAAACCAAAAAGGACCCUGAACAGCUGGGAAUUGACAUGCAAGUCAAUACUGCAUGUGUGGCGGCUACAGAACUUUGCUUUGGUGUCGUUCAGGGAGCCUACACAGCUGCAUCCUCCAGGAGUCCAUUUGACCUCGCUAUCCAGAACACCGCCGUUGUUCCGCCAGACUAUCCUACGGCCUUUUACAAUCAACGAUGGGUCCAAGAGGCGCUUGGCGUGUCGCUCAAUUUCACACUGAGUGGAAACACAAUCCCCAUGGACUUGCUAUUCAUAACCGGCGAUCCCAUGGUUGGCACUGUGGCCGAUUUGAACUAUCUUCUGUCUGCUGGUGUGAAUCUCGCUCUAGUAUAUGGAGAUCGUGAUUAUCGAUGCAACUGGCUCGGUGUGGAAAAUGUCAGUCUAGCUAUGGAAUAUCCUGAAGCUCCUGCUUUCCGAUCCGCUGGAUACGCCAAUAUCGAUACCAACUCCAGCUAUAUCGGAGGUAUGGUGAGGCAGAACGGAAACGUCUCCUUCUCGCGUGUUUUCGAAGCUGGGCACGCUGUCACAUCGUAUCAACCCGAAACCGUAUAUCGGAUCUUCAAGCGGUCGACCUUUGGUCUGGACAUUGCCACAGGCAAGGUCAAGAUCGGUGCCGGGGAGUCCUACAGCAGCAAGGGACCAUCAAACAUCUUUCACGUCAAGAACAAGCUGCUUGAGGGUGUUGCCCCAAUUUGCUUCUUGUACCAGGCGCCAAAGUCAUGCACGAACACACAGUUGGAAGCAUUGGAGGAUGGCACAGCAGUGGUGCAGGAUUUCAUCAUUAUCUCUCCAUCAGCUGAGACAGAGAUUGCCGGUAACAGUACCAGCAGCGACGGUUCCACGAGCACUCCGACAGCGAAAGUUAGCAAGGGUAGUCAGGCCAGGUUGCCUCAUGUCUGCCUGCUUCUCGCGACCAUACUAAGCUCACUGGGGCUGCUGGGUGUUUUCUAGGUCACACACUCGUAAAGUUGCCUCGCUCUGCCGGAUGCGUUAAAUUUCAAUCCGAUUUAUGUGUGUGCAGGGAAUAUUUUCAAAGGGGAAGAAUGUGC